AUGAAGGAUUAUUCAGUGCCGGAAAACCAUUCUCUGAAUAGAGAUGAACUAAGACGUCGUAAAGGGUACAAAAAGGGCCUACAGUUAUCAAUUUUACUGCUGGGAGAAAAAGGGAGCGGUAAGCUAACAUUUCUCAAUAACCUGUGCGGCCAAGAUGUAUCGCUGUCAGAUGUUGACGAUAGUGAUAUAGUUAAAGAUGCGGCCAUAAAAAACGGCCAUUCAAUAGAAGAUACGAAUUCCGAGUACAAGACGGCCCAUCUAAGUCCUGGGUUAAAACUCGUAACUAAAAGAGUUUACUUAAAUGAUGAACUCGGAGUGCCGAUUACCUUAGAUGUUAUCUUAUUCCCCGGGUGUGGUGACAACGUCGACAAUUCGCAAAGUUCGACUGUAAUUAAAAAGUACCUAGAACAGCAAUUCGAAAAUGUUUUAAAAGAAGAAGUCAGAAUAAUGAGAAACACAAAAGAUACUGAUGGCAGACCUCAUGUUUGUCUAUAUUUUCUCAAGAGCACUCCAAGGGGAGUCAAAAAAUUUGAUAUCGAACUAAUGAAAACGAUUUGUGAUAAAGUCAAUUUGAUUCCUAUAAUUCCAAAGGCAGACGGUCUUACAGAAACGGAAUUAGCCUUACACAAAGACAUAGUACGUCAGGAAAUCUUAAGAAAUGAUAUACUUGUUUUUGAUUUCAAGAAUGAUAAUUUGGGAGAAACGCUGACUCUUUAUGAUAUGGAUAUUGAUAGUGAUACAAAAAUAUCAAAUUACUCUCCUACCACCAAAAUUAAGGACAUUUCACCGUUUUCAAUUGUUUGUAGUAAUACCGUACAUACAAACACAGAAAAUGGUGUAAAGCAUAUAAGAGAAUAUGAAUGGGGUAGUUUGGUUGUUGAGGACCAAAAUACCUCCGAUUUUAUAUACCUGAAGGCAAUAUUGUUAGGGUCACACCUUCAAGAAUUAAAAGAUGUGACAAACAACGUCUUAUAUGAACGUUACAGGGCCGAUGUGUUAACUGAGAAGAAUAUCCAUUAUGAUAUUCCUAGUUCUAGUUGCAUCGAUGAGGGUUCUCGAGGAAGUAUUAGCAAUGUUUCCACUAGAAGAAGCACCCCAAGUAAGACACUCGGGAACUUGGGUAUGAGUGAUGAGAACACUUAUAACAUAUACAAAGAGAUAGACGAAAAGAAUAAAAUAAUUGAAAACUACCAAAAAAAGAUUGAUUCACUCGAGAAAAUGCUGACAAGUCCCAGCAAGAACAGAGCCUAA